AUGAUGCUCAGCCCAGAACAAGUGGAUUCAGACCAGCCAUCUGUGCAGUCCGAGUCAGACUCUACAUUGAGUGAAGUGAAGGGGGGUAGUGUAUCUGAAACGGAGGGAGGGGGCCGGGAGACUCCAUGCCUCCCAACACAACUGAGCCGUGAGGAGAAAAGGCGCCGGAGACGGGCUACGGCCAAGUACCGCUCUGCCCAUGCCACAAGGGAACGCAUUCGGGUGGAAGCCUUUAACAUGGCAUUUGCUGAGCUCCGACAUCUGCUGCCCACGUUGCCCCCUGACAAAAAGCUUUCCAAGAUCGAGAUCUUACGGCUGGCAAUCUGCUACAUCUCCUACCUCAACCACGUUCUGGAUGUGUAG